UGACGUGUGGCCAUUAUACUUUACAAACAUUUGCAAAGACGUUUCAUCGUACGUAUUUUGUUGAGGUCGACUAGUUGAGGUUAGAUUUUGAUUGGCUAUGGCUGUAGAUUCGCCUGCCCUUGCAAUUCGCUCUAGCGUGGGAAUAGAACUGUGGGCUUCGUCUGGCUCGAAACAGCCUUACGAGCACAAGUCGAAUUUACCACGAGAGGAGACGAAAAAUUCUCGAUCAAUUUCAUUCAGCCCAGAUGGCCGCUACUUUGCCUAUUCGAAUGGACAGGAGGUUAAAGUCUUGCAAACCGCCAAUUGGCAAUUGCAAUGCACGCUGCCACGUCCUAAGGCAUUCUAUUUAAAAUUCUCACCGCGUGGCAACUAUUUGUGUACAUGGGAGUUGUAUGUGAUCACCAAGGAUAUUCCCGAGGGAUCGCCGAAUAUGUUCGUGUAUGAAAUUGCCACCGGCAAGCAAGUAUUCAGCAUUGUGCAGAAAAAACAAACUGAUUGGGAACCCUCUUGGUCAUCUGACGAGGGCAUUUUCGCUAUCGUUGUGGGUGGGGAAUCACUGUUCUAUGACUUGUCACAGGGCAUAGAAGGCUUUAAUGCCACCACCAAGAAAAUCGGUGGUAGCAAAGGUGGUGUACUAUCUGUGGGACCGGGCAGUAGUCCACCAUUUAUUGCCAUCUAUACGCCAGGAGCCAAAGGUGCACCUUCCAUGUGCAAGUUAUACAAGUAUCCUGCAUUGGCACAAAACCAAACAUUGGCAUGUAAAAGUUUCUUCAAUGCUGAUCGCGUUGAAAUGAUGUGGAAUAAACGUGGUACUGGUCUAUUAUUGUUGACCAGUACUGAAGUGGACAAGACAGGAGCCUCAUACUAUGGAAAUCAGGCUUUGCAUUUCUUGAACACCAAAGGCGAUUCAUGCUCGGUGCCAUUGUCUAAGGAAGGUCCUGUGCAUUGCGUCAAAUGGAGUCCCAAGGCCACCGAAUUUGUGGUUGUCUAUGGAUAUAUGCCAUCUAAGGCAGCUCUGUACAAUUUGAAAUGCGAUGUCAUAUUCGAUUUCAAGGAAGGUCCACGCAAUUGUGCCUAUUUCAAUCCAUUUGGAAAUCUAGUCGUUUUAGCUGGUUUUGGAAACUUACCCGGCAACGUGGAAAUCUGGGAUGUAAAAAUGAAAGAAAUGAUAGCCAAUAUCAAGUGUCCCGAUACAACACAUUUUGAGUGGAGUCCAAAUGGAGAAUAUUUUGUAACAGCCACAACAGCUCCUAGACUGCGCAUAGGAAAUGGCUUCAAAGUCUACCACUAUUCGGGUGCCCUCAUGCAUGAAACUAUUUGGCCCCAAGGUCAGGAGCUAUUGGCCGUUGAAUGGCAACAAUUUGCUGAGAAUACCUUUACGGAACCGAUCAUUACCAAGGCCAAGCAGGAGGGCAUCAAAUCGAGUCAACCUGAAGCCAGUAAAAAGGUCUAUACACCACCACAUCUACGUGGUGGCAAUAAUGUCGACAAAAUUAUACAGCCACAAAGCACCAUACCAGGCCUACCACCAGGUUAUACUUCCUCACAAGCCAACAACAAGAAACAAGGUGCUCAAAAGUCACAACAACAGCAACAUAACAAUAAUCAACAACAAAAUCAGCAACAACAGCAAAAUCAAGCAAACAAAAAGCGCAACUUCGAUAGAACUAAGACACGAAGGGAAUCCAAAGGUGAGGGAGGAGCCGCUGGUAACAAUAAUCAAUCUCCUCAAAUUAACAAGAAUCAAAACAAUGCCACACCAUCCCCAUUGAAUGGUGAAGCUACUGUUGCUCCAGGCAAUCAAGAGGAAAAUGGGCAACAGCAGCAGCAGCAACAACGCCCACAAAAUAAACGCAACCCCAAUAAUCGCCGCCAACAACCACAUCAACAACAAUACCAACAAAAAAGGCAACAAAACAACAAUGGAAAUAAUGAAAAACCGCAUGAAAAUAAUAUUCAGGAAGGUCAUCAGCAAAACCAGGAAAAAACUGCUAACCACCAGCAGCAAAUUGGAGGAGAGCAACAACCUUUACAGCAGCAGCAGCAACAGCCAUCCAAAAAAGCUGCCAAUCCUGAAAAGGACAAGAAAAUUCGUAAUGUUGCCAAAAAGUUAUCGGAUAUAAAAAAAUUGAAGGUGCGCCAAGAACAGGGAGAAGUCUUGGAAUUAAAUCAACUCAAUAAAAUCGCUAUGGAAGCCAAAUUUUUGGAAGAACUUAAAGCAUUGAAAUUGUCAAACUAAUCAUUGACAGCUUUAACAACAAUAAUAAAAUACAUUGUUGCUCUUCAAAUGAACCUAAACUUUGCUUCCCAUAGAGAUGACUAAUAUCGUUUCCUUUCCCGAGCCUCCUUUACAAAAACACACAAAGCUUUGUUGUAUGUUUGCCUUCCCUUUGAUAUGAUUUUUGUGUAUGUUACAAUUGAGAUCUAUUUUCGAAUUUUUAAUUUAUCAUUGUUUAUAGCCCGCCCGCCCUUCUUUUCCCUAUUGGCAUUUGUCUAUCUGUACAAUAUGUUUCCUCUUGGGAAAAGGAGCCAGUUUUAAUUUGCCAACCAUAAUAAAAAAAACAACUCCAUUAAAUCUCUCUAGAACUUUUUAUAUUUCAUGUAUAUUUUUUAUUUGUUAUUAAAAAAAUACAAAUUCCAAAAUAUUUUUUUUUUUAUUUUUUAAUCUUUUUAUUUAAUUUUUAUUUGCGCUUUAAACAAUAAUCGUAUUAAUAACAAACAAACCAUCAGUCAAGAAAAUACCAGAACGAAAAUAAUUGUGAUUUAUCCUAAACGAGAAAAAAAUAUUAUAAACAACAACUUUAUAUUUACAACAAAAGCGAUAAACAAAAAAAAUAAUUUCCCAUAAAUUCGAAGGAACAAUACGGUAAUAAACGAUCACAUUUUGCUAAAAAAAA